AUGGUGAAAAAUGAAGAUGAUGAAUGUAUUGCGCUCUUUAAUGAGUUGCAAAUAUCUGUAUUAACUAAAGCAAUUAACAUUACUCCUUAUAUUAAUUCUGUGACAUUAGGAAAAAAUAUUAGUGAUGAAACUAUUAAUGUGAAUAAUUCUAGUCCGAGUAGUAAAAUCAAUGAUUUACUGAUUCCAUAUAGCAGCACUCCCAAGAAAACUCCAUCACAUAAUUAUCAAAAGUCUUUAAAUUUCACUGUAAGUGAAGAAAACAAAGAAAAAAUUGGUGUGGUACCUGAAGGAAUAUCAACAACACCUGAUUCAUUAUGUGUCGGUUAUUCAAGUAAGAAAUUGUUAAAUGAAUAUGAUACUCUGAGACGUUUAACUGUUGAUAAAGUUAUGAGGGAAAGAAUUCAAAACAUGUAUGACACUAAAAGAUUAAUUAGAAAUGGUCUGGAGGAUUUACACCAGUCUAGGUUGGAGGAAGGAAUUACCAAAAGAAUGCUUUUAGAAAGUAAAAUUAUAAAUGAUAUUCAUAAAUUAGAAAUACUUAAUAAACCGAAAAAAGAAGCUCAACUUGAACAAGAUAAUUUAAAAGAAGCUCAAAGGAUUCAAGAGAGAAAUCAAAAAUUUAAAGAUGCAGAAGAAGAAGCGAGAAGGAAAUCGGAAGCAAUCCUUUUGAAAAAAAAGCAAACCUACAAAAUUUUAUUCGAUUCUCAAAAGGAGUAUAAUGAAGAAUAUAAAAAAAUUUUAGAAAUAAUUAAAUCGUGUAAAGACAAAGCUGCGAUGACUGAAUUAGCAUCUAAACAUUCUAAAAUAUUAAAAGACUGUGCAAUACUAUUUGAAACCCUAAUAAAAAAAUCUAAAGAAGGAGAGGUUUUAGAAGAAGAUGUAAUUAAUGCUGUAAAAUCAGUUAAAACAAUAAAAUUAAUGCAUGAAUUUUUUAUUAAAGAAGUGACUAAAAUUAAUGAGGCAUAUGUAAACAAACAAGAGAGUGAACAAAUCAAAAUAACUAGCCCGGAAGAAGUACAAAAAGAAAUUCAAAAAUUAAUGAGAAACGAGGCAUUUAGUCGAGCUGUGGUUAAGUCGAUCGUGGGUCAUUUAAAUCAUAGUCCAAACACAUUUACAUACUUUUCUUUUUCCAUAAUAAGUAACGGAAUACGUUGGAUUUUUACAUAA